GUCAAAAUAAUGAGUGUUUACCUGGCUAUCUUCAUAGUUUUAUCCUAUUUGGUUUGGAUAAAAUGCAUGUACUGUCGACAUCGGCGAACUUUGGUGAAGACGUUGGCACAUUUAAUGAACGUUUCACCGAGCAGAGAAACAAAAGGCGCUGAUGUCAAAGCUCUGUUUGUAACUGCGCAUCCGGAUGAUGAAUGUAUGUUCUUCGCGCCAGCGAUCCUACGACUCGUUGAAUUAAAUGCCAGCGUGCAUUUGCUGUGUUUGUCUGAAGGAAACUACUACAAUCAAGGAGCUCAGCGUAAACAAGAACUUCUCAACAGCUGUGCCGUGUUGGGGAUACCAGACUCCAGAAUCACCAUAUUAGACCAUAAAGAUCUUCCAGACAACCCCAAAGCCGAAUGGAGGGUCUCAUUGGUCUCUUCUGUAAUUGUGAAGCACAUAAGAGCUCACUCCUUCAACAUGGUGCUGACCUUCGAUGGAAGAGGAGUGAGUGGCCAUGCCAAUCACAUAGCCAUCCAUAAAGCUGUCAGCCAUCUCGCUUCCACUGGACAAGUACCAAAUGACUGCUGUUUGCUCUCCCUGAUGACUGUUGGCCUCUUCAGGAAGUACAUCUCCUUCCUGGAGCUUCCCCUCAGCUGGCUGCUGCCCUCACGUCUCUGCUGCUUUAUAGGCCCAUGGGGCUACGGGCGAGCCAAAGAUGCCAUGUUUUGCCAUCGCACCCAACUCCUGUGGUUUCGUUACCUCUACAUCGUCUUCUCUCGGUACAUGUUCGUAAACACAUUCCGAAUCAUCCCACAAGGACCAAAGAACCUGAAGAUCUAUUAAGUUAGUCUCAUCCAGUUGCACUGAUUGUUACUCUUGGUAUUGCGCUGCCUACUAUUUGAAUACUGUGAUGGGAGUGAAUUUAGUAGCUGUUUACAAAUCCGAUAAGCUGCUUUGCUCACAGUGAACAGAGAUUUCUUCAACACUUUGUCGGCUAAAGCAGCCUGAAUAUUUUUUCAUAAGCACUUGGCAUAAAUGAAACGACAAUAACUGUGAAAUAAGAGUAACAGAAACUUUUUAUGCCUUUUUUUUCUACAGAAACAUCUUGGUUUGAUUGUUUUGAGUCAUUACACUGUAUAAAAACAACACUGUUGUGUGAAUCUGUAAAUGAGCUUUAUUUUUCAUCGCACAAUUUCAAAGAUACUGUCCAUUUUUUUUCUGGUAUAGAGCUGAUUUAAAAAGAACUUUGAUUCAUGUAUCACAGUGGUGUUAUUUAGCUUCUCUCAGCUGUGUCUGCUGCAGGUUUAGACAUGUCUCUGAUGGUCUUGUGAGCUUGCAUGCUGUCUUCCCACUUCUCCCCACAAAACUUCUCCACCGUGACACUGCGGACAGUGCCUGGGUCCAGACAGUGUGGAGCGACACCUGGGAUGAAAAGGACAGCUCGUUGAUUAACCCCUGACCAAUACAGCUCACUGUCUCCAGCAUAUUUCACUGACAAAUUGUUGGUUAGUUACUUUUCAAGAGUGGUUUCCUGACAUCACUGUAAUCCAACAUACACCAUUUAUCUCUCCUUGUGAACAUUUCUGUUUUCUACAAAUACCAUAAAUCCAGGGCAUUAAAGGGCAGACCAGGUUGGUUAGUUUGGGGUAAACACAGCAGGAUGAUGAAAUAAGUUUACACCACAUGAGAGUGGUGUGACUGUCUUGUGUCAGCAGUUAGAGGUCAUACCGUAUCCAUCAGGGUUGGAGCGAGGAGUGUAGAAACUUUGAACUCCGCAGGUUUUACAGAAGGUGUGUUUAGCAACGUGAGUGUUAAACGUGUAUGUGGUCAGAUUUUCUGAUCCCUGGGAAGAAAACAUAAUCCUUAGUCAUUAACAAUGCUCUACUGAUUUGUAAGUUAAAUUGAAUCCAAGUCUUUUCUUAUUACCUGUAGGAGUUUGAAGAGAUUUUGUGGAACAAUAAAGUGAUGGUUUUGUUUCUUUGUGCAGAUGCUACAGCUGGAGAGACACAAAGACACACAUCAGUUCAUAUUCAUUUACUAAAAGUGUACAAGCAUAACAUGAUUUGAUGAGGAUGAUAGUUUCAGGAUAAAUAUUUUUUCUACCCAAACUUAAAAAUGUGGCUUCAGUGUCAGAAUGACAUUAUCUGGCAGGAGACUACCAAUUUAUUUUAUAUCUAAAAUAACAAGUCUUGGACAACCAUGAUUAAUCAAGUGAGAUAUUAUUGAAUUUAAUAUCCGUACUUGCAUUGGAAAACGUGAAGGUCAGGGGAACUCCAAACUUCAAAUCUAACAGCCCCACAGUGGCAUCCCCCUGUAUGUUUGACGAGAUCCAUUCUGUAGGUUAAGAGAAAAUAAACAGUCAUAAUGAAUACAUAUGUUCACAUUUGAUUAUUCUGGGACGUGAAGCCUUACUUCAGUCACUUUGAGGUCUACAAGUGGAACAACGGGAGAA